AUGAUCUACCUCAAGACCCUCCUCAACGUAAUAGACAACUCAGGAGCACAGAUAGUGGAAUGCAUAAAAGUGGCCCGACACAAACCGAAGUCAAGUGGCUCAAUCGGGGACAUCAUCACCUGCGUCGUGAAACAAGCGCGCCCGCAAAUCGAAUCGAAAUUGCAGAAUGCGUCAACGAACAAAGUCAAGCGUCGUGACAUAUGCAAAGCCGUGAUUGUGAGACAGAAGAAGCCGUUGAGGAGACCCGAUGGCUCCGUGGUUCGCUUUGACGACAAUGCGUGUGUUUUGAUUAACAAGAAUGGCGAACCCUUGGGCACGAGAAUUAAUGGUGUUGUUGCCAAGGAGUUGAAGCUGUUGAAUUUCAACAAGAUUGUCAGUUUGGCGCCAAAGACUUUUUAA